UCAUAAAAUCCGCAAUCAUAUUGUCAGUUGGACAGUGUUCGAUCUUAACAUUUCCUUUCUCAACUUGAUCUGUGAUAAAGAAAUAACGAAUAUUGAUAGCUUGGCUUCUUUUGCCCGGAUGAUGGGUAUACCAGUUGAAGGUCCUGUUUUCAUCUAUGGAGACAACCAGUCAGUCUUGGCGAACACUACCAUUCCAGAAUCUCAAUUGAAGAAAAAGUCGCAAAGCAUCGCAUAUCACUUUAUCUGUGAGGGAGUUGCCAGAGAUGAGUGGAGAACUGCGCACGUUAGCACUCAUGACAAUGAAUCUGAUCUGUUCACAAAGUUGCUGCCUUCUGGUCCAAAGCAGGAAGGCUUUGUACGCCGAUUCCUGCAUCAUAUCUUCAGAAGUAAAGGCUGA